AUCCCGUCGCUAGCCCUAGAGUUUACUUUCCUUUCUGCCUUUCUCUUCCUUGCGAUUUUUCUUUCCCAUUCUACAAAAGGGAGGAAGAUUUUCAGCCUUCAAAAUUGCAAAACCUGGAACCUAACUCAGGCUUCUGUGGCAAUUCUUAGGGAGAAAUUUGAAGGAUUUUGAAUUAGGUUUUUAGAGUUUGAAUAAAAGGUUGCUCUUUCUCUCAUUGAAUAUCAGAUUUAGGGGUUGACUUGGUUUCUUGUGGAGAUUUGAAUUUGGAAUCCCAAAGUUUGAUGCUUUUUAAUUACUGUGGUUGUGGAUAUCUCGGCAAAGUCAACACAGUUAGUCGGUCAUUUUUUUUAUCUGGAUAUUGAAGUUUAGGUUGCUGUUGUGAAAAGAUUUCUAGCAGAUGCUUGAGGUUGAAUUUUAAUGUUCUGGGAUAUUCUGUUGAAGCUUUUGAAUGGUUCUGACUUUGUGAGUCUCUGGAAAUUUUGGGAUUACUUUGUUGUAGUUCACUUUAGAAUUUAGUUUUUUCAAAUGGAUAAUUCGAAGAAUCGGCUUAAUGAUCAUCUUGGUGUGAAAAAAAUUGGCAAGAAUAUAAGGAAGAGCCCGUUGGAUCAACCUAACUUUGCUAAUAAUGCUGCUAGGCAGCAGCCUCAGCCUCAGGUUUACAAUAUUAGCAAAAAUGAUUUCCGGAACAUUGUUCAGCAGCUCACUGGUUCGCCUUCACGUAAUGAUCCUUUGCCAAGGCCCCCACAGAAUCCCCCCAAACCUCAAAGUAUGAGGCUGCAGAGGAUUAGGCCUCCACCGUUGACACCAAUCAAUCGGCCCCGUAUUCCUCCUCCCGUUCCAGCCCCUGCUCCUGCUCAUGCACCAGCUCCAGUUCCCCCUCCUGCUCCUUAUAACACUGGCUUUGUUAGACCUGGUCAAUAUGGACAACCAUCGCCUACAAUGUUGCAACCUAUAGUUCCUGGAGAUGCUUUGUGGCCAAACACAGCUGAAUCUCCCAUAUCAGCUUAUAUGCGAUACCUUCAGGCUUCUCUUAUAGAUCCAAGUCCAGUUGGAAAUCAAGGCCACCCUCAAUUAAACCCUCCAGUUCCAGGGCAACCUAAUACUCCCCCAUCUUCUGGUUUACUUCCUAAUCCACCGAUGCUGGCAAUCCCUUCGCCAAGAGGAGUAAAUGGUCCACCAAUGAUGCCUAAUCUCCCUUCUCCACGACUGAAUGGUUCCGUUCCACCAAUGCCCAAUCUUCCAUCACCAAGGAUGAAUGCGCCUGGCCUUUUACCUUCACCGGCAUCUCAGUUCCUUUUGCCAUCACCUACUGGCUAUAUGAAUUUUUUGUCCUCCCGCUCCAACCCUUAUGGGUUGCUUUCUCCUGGGUUUCAAUUUCCUCCGCUGAGUCCCAACUUUGCUUUCUCCCCCAUGGGUGGUCAGUCAGGGAUUUUAGGUCCUGGGCCUCAACCUCCACCGUUUCCUGGUCUUAUGUUUCCGUUGUCACCUUCUGGUUUUUUUCCCUACCCAAGUCCAAGAUGGAGGGAUCAAUAAUUCAAAUUAUAACAUUGUUGUUCUCAUCACCUUCAUACUCAUUCAGGAAUUGGGGCCUUCAUUCUCGUUGUUGUUUUCGUCUCCGCAUAAUGUAUACUGCUCAUGUAAGUGUUUCUUUCUUUCUUUUUUUGUGCCUUUUGUAAUGUCCGUACCCAUUUCCCAAGUUGUUUGCACUUAGGCUACCUAAUUGCUGCAAUGCUCUCUGUAUACUUGGACAAGUUUUACAUAGGAAAUAGUAAAGAUUGGAUAACUAAGUUUGAACAUCCUGAAGAAGCUGUAGCAUGAAAGGAGCAUAGGGUCGUGCGUAAAGAGUUUUAUAGGUAGGCAAUUUAGUUGAAACAUUCUUCUGUAAUUGUACUGUUGUGGAUCCUAAUUAGUUUUAGUUGAAUUCUUGUUCAUUAGUGAGCACGUAGCAAUAAAAUAUUCAAGCACCGCCCAUUAUUUA